AAAGGUUUCGUUACAAAAUAUGAAGCCUUUCUGCAUUCAUAGAAAACCAUUGUGCAGUGUUCUACAGCUCUAUGCGAUGGUUUGGACCACACAUCUGCGAAUAAAUCCUUUCUAGGUUUCGCAAAUUUUCAAAGACAUUUUCUCGGCAUGUUGCCAUGCUUCUAA